AUGUGUACGGAAGUUCUACUCAUUCUGCUGCUCACAGUCAAAUCGGGAGCCUUGACUAUCAAUGAUGAGCCACAUGGUACCAAAGUGUCGGUAAACGAUGGCGUCAUCAUGUUCGCUGACAAUUCUGUGACGACGUACUUUGUUCGUGUCCUAUCAGAAGCUUGCCCGUGUGAAGUCCGCUAUAAAGAUCCUAAACUAAAAGUGUACAGUCUCUCUGUGCUAACUAUGGAGCCGAAAAGUAAAAUAAUCUCUUUCAUGCAAAUUGCCGAACAUAACGUAACGGGUUAUGCCGUACUUAGUCUAGUGACUAUUAAUGUUGAAGACCCGUGUGGCCGAACCUACAAUGAUAGCCAUGUUCCCGAACCUACGAUGGAUAAUAAAGUGGUGUGGGAACAGGGUCAUCAAAAAUCAAUGUUAUUGAAAGUCGAUCGUGACGAGAAAUAUGCUUACGUCUUUGCCGAUGCAUUUAUACUUUCCUAUGAUUGGCGGACAAAGGAAUAUUACCGAAUCAAUGAUACAUUCAACGCCACUGGUCACGAGCAAUUCAUCCCGAUCGCAUUCGAUCUAACAAAUAAUUGGUCUGUCGUAGUCGGCCAGAGUGUAAAAGGGGAGCAGUACAUGCGUUACGCUUCUUUCAAUGAAGUUCUCUACAUUCGAUCCAUGGAGGCCGGCUAUUGUCCUGAAGUCAAGAGAGCAUUUUCAAUGGUAGUUACAUACGGCUGGCAGACUUACGGUCCGAAUCAUUGUGUGAGUGGAUCGUACAAAAAUACAUCCGGUCUUGGUCCCUGCACGUCUUUGUCGCAACUCCCACCAUCAUCAGAAUCACAAUCGCGCCGCACAGCAGAAAGUGUAAAUGCUGUAUGGACCGAAAACUUGGGAUGGAACCUGGCAACUUCGACCGAUCAGAACGUUCAACGACGCCAUCGUACAAGGGAUUCGGCAAGAACCUCAGCAGGUUCAGCAACCAAGAAGUACUCGGGCGCCGCGCCAUCUCUACCGACUGGAAUUGGAAAUGACAAGGUACUUCCGUUCAAGAUGGACGGUAAAAAGAAUAAAUUGCUCUGGGAUGAAGUCCAACAAGAUUCCAAGAGGGCACUAGAUGGCUGGAAACUACGCAACAAACAAUUGCCUGCACCAGCAUUAUCUGUUCUUCCUGAUAAUAUUGACGAGAAAACGUUUCUCAAUGAACAAGUAUCAAAGGAAUUGAGUAGUAUUCUGCAACAUUGGCACACUCACACUCAUCAUUCAUUGGAUAACAAUCAGAAAGACACAUUCCAGAAGUACACCGACUAUUUGUUCAACUUCAGCACGACCAGCGAUAAAGCUGCAACGUGGCUCAACGAACAGGUAACACUAAUAGAUUUAAUAGCAAAAUGUGCAGAUGAUAUUGCUUCCUAUGGCUAUUACUUGGACAUUAAAAAAGCAGAGGAUCCUAAUUUGAAAUCGUACGAUUCGCUGAUCCAAGUAUUUACCGAUCUUGAAUGUGAUCAAUUGCUUGAUGUUAUUGUUCGAUGCGUCUCGACUCAUUUCUACACCGAUACAUUAUAUAAACUUGGUGAUAUCAAUGCAUCUACUCUGACAUUGACCCAACAGUUUCUUCUCGUCACUUGUCCGGAUUAUAUUCUUACAUGUGAUAGACAAAAAUCUUAUUGUGAAAAACUUCUAGAACAUCUGCUACCUCACUAUACUGAAUUGUUUGAUCAUUUUCUUCCUAACAUCGAAAAAUGGACUGAUACAGUUGUAUUAUGUUUGCUCUAUCCAAUUCGGUUUAUCCUAUCUGAUUCAAGUUCCUUUCCAUUAGACCAGAAACUUGCUAUUCAAAAAGCUUUGAUUAUGAUUCUUUUUAAAAAAUCAAUCACCAAUUCGAAUUUUGAACAAGAACAUAUUACACUUGUUCAUACUGUACUUCGCGUUCUAUUUCAACUUAUUCGCUCGGAUUCCAAGCUCUUAUCUGAACUGAAAAAGCAGACAACCGAUAACACCAAAUUAUUGAGCAUCCUGAAACAGCUCUCGAACGAUACUCGUAAUGAAAGGCUGCAAUUGUCUGCUCUCAAAUUACUUUCAUUGCUCGUGCCCGAGGAAGAGUUUACCAAAACGAACGAUGCAGCAAAGGCGACCAGUUUAAUUGUGAAAAAUUUCAACGAUGCAGUUGAAAAAGGCAAAGAUAGCACAGCAAACGAACUUCUAGAAGGACUGAUAGGUAUGGUGCACAGCGACGAAGUUAAACAGCAAGCUGUUGAUCAGAAUCUUCUACCAUCGAUUAUACAAUAUACCAAAGAGACCAUCGAUGAUCCUGCGCCACUGAAAGCUGCCUAUGCACUCUCGUUCAAUCCUGAUGUGAAGAAUACAUUUAGCAAGGACAAAGAUUUCAUCGAUCAUGUCAAAGAAAUGAAGUUGUCCGACAACAUAGAGGUAACGAAAGCAGCCCAUGGAGUCAUGUGGAAACUGGAGGAUGAAGAAAAAUUUAUCAAAGAAGCCGACGAAAAGAAGGCCGAUGAAAAACAAUCGCAAGAAAAGAAGUCGGAUGUAAAAGAGAAAUUAGACGAGAAGGAGAAAGACGAGAAAUUGUCAAAGGAAAAGAAGGAAGCAGAAGACAAUAAAGAUGAACCUGAACAUUAUGACAUGAUGAUUUCUUAUUGUUGGGCACAAAAAGAAUUGUGUCAUCGAAUUAACGAUCGUUUAGAAAAGGAUGGCUAUUCUGUUUGGCUAGACAGAUGA